AUGGGUAACCGAAUCAGCAACCUCUGCCUCUGUUCGUCCGGCGACGCCUCCGGAAGGUUCGAGAACAGAGUUUCCUUCCUCUCCAAGCAACACCAGAAUUCCCUCGGAAACUCUAUUUGCUAUGUGAGACCCGACACGUGUCGGUUCUCCGGCGAGACGUUUUCUGACGAUGACAUCACCCUCGUAACUUUCCGAUCUGUUUCCGGCGCCACCGUGAGUGCAAACACGUCGGCCACGCCUUCAACUGCGCUCGAUGAUUGGCUUCAACACGGCACCGUUUUGGAUUCCUCUGCCUCGUUUGAGAGCUCUGGCUCCUUCACGUCCACCUUGGUGCCUUUUCAGCAUCAGCAUGUUCCUCGUGAAUCCUCUCUGGGAGGGUGUACGGAAAGAGGGUUGUUUUGGGGUGCUCGUGACCGUGUGAUGAAUGAUGAAGGUUCGAUCGAGAAAGGUUCUUCUGAGGUAGCAAUGAAUAAGGGGAAGCGAAGUAAGAGACAUUUGAAAAAGGUUUUCAGAAGGAUAUCCAUUGGGGGAAUGUCUAUUUUCAAGAAAAAUGAUAGUACUAAUUCCAGAGUGAGUUGUAGUACUAGUUUGAGUGCUGAGAUGAGUUUGCAUGGUGUUGAGGGUAAUAACUAUUUGGAUGGUGAUGUUUUGAUGGGCUGUGAGAAUCUUCACUGGGCUCAAGGGAAAGCUGGUGAGGAUCGUUUGCACAUUGUGAUUUGUGAGGAUCAUGGAUGGGUUUUUGUGGGGAUUUAUGAUGGGUUUAAUGGCCCUGAUGCCACUGAUUUUCUUCUCAACAAUUUGUUUUAUGCCUUAAAUGAUGAGCUCAAGGAGAUCUUGUGUGGUCACAACAAGUUUGAGCUCAAGGGUUCAGACUCUUCGGAAUUGGGGGAGAAGGUGUUGCUUAAGAGAAAUGGAGUGGUUGAUGAUUGUGGUUCUUCAGGUGAAAAUAGAGAAAACUAUCCAAUAGAAAAUGAAGAGUUAAAUGUGGAAUGCGUGUCAGAAGGAGUAGAGGGAAUGAAUGGGAUAAAUUGUGAAAGAGUAGAUUUAAGUCACUCAGAUGUGUUACAGGCUCUUUCAGAGGCAUUGAGGAAGACCGAGGAUGCAUUCAUGAGGACUGCUGAAGAGAUGAUUGGUCACAACCCUGUGUUGGCUAUGAUGGGUUCUUGUGUUUUGGUGAUGUUGAUGAAGGGUCAAGAUGUUUACUUGAUGAAUGUGGGAGAUAGCCGUGCUGUAUUGGCCACUCACAGUGGGGAAUCUCUUCAGCUCACCAUGGAGCAUAGCACUCACGUGAAAGAGGAGGUUUACAGAAUCAGGAGGGAGCACCCUGAUGACCCUUCGGUAGUAACUAGAGGCCGGGUGAAGGGUCGUUUGAGUGUCACAAGGGCUUUUGGGGCAGGGUUCCUCAAGCAGCCUAAGCAAAACAAUGCAGUGUUAGAGACGUUCAGAGUGAGCUACAUAGGGGAAUCUCCAUACAUCACAUGUUUCCCUUCACUCCACCACCACAAGCUCAAUCCAAAUGACAAGUUCCUCAUAUUGUCUUCAGAUGGACUUUACCAAUACUUCACCAAUGAAGAAGCAGCUGCCAAAGUAGAGUCAUUCAUCACCAUGUUUCCUGAUAGAGAUCCUGCACAACUUCUCAUUGAAGAAGCACUAGGUCGAGCAGCACAUAGGGCUGGUUUGGAGUUCCAUGAACUGCUUGAUAUUCCUCAGGGGGAACGCCGUCAUUACCAUGAUGACAUUUCUGUUGUCGUAAUCUCAUUAGAGGGAAAAAUAUGGCUGCAACACUUCCAGCUGCCAGUCCAGAAACUAUUUGAAUCCCUUGUUAAGGCCAUCUUUCUCUUCUGGGUUUACAAGCAGCCCAGAAUUGCAUCAGGAAAAUCUAGUUUGCAGUUAGGGGCAUGCAUAUGA